AUGUCGACGCGCGCGGUGAGGGCGGCGCUGCUCUGCGCAUGCGCAUUGCUCUUGCAAUACGCUAGUGCCGAGCUCAGAGGAAGAUGUCCGGCGGAGGAGGCCGCGUGUCCGGCGCGUGCGACCCCCUGCAACGCGGACGACGAAUGUGGCGAGCAAAUUUGCUGUAACACUGCAUGUGGCCGUGCCUGUAUCGAUCCAUUGUUCACCGGUUGUGAAAACAUCAAAAUGUCAUCGGAGCGCAUAUCGCGGGCCCUGGCAGCGGAGAAUAGCCGUGGUGGCAGAGGUGCGUUCCGCAGCGUGCGGACGCCGCGUUGCAGGAUGUCGGACGGCGAGUUCGAGGAGGUGCAAUGCGACAACGAGAUCGUCAGCGCCUGCUGGUGCGUGGACGCGACAGGGUUUGAGAUCCCGGGCACGCGUGCGCCGGCCGCCUCGCUGGUGAACUGCACGCGCACGGCGGCGUGCGCGGCGCACACGUGCCGCAUGCUGUGCCCGCUCGGCUUCGAGCUGGACGAGCGCGGCUGCCCGCUGUGUAAGUGCCGCGACCCCUGCGCUGGUAUCACCUGCCCCGGACACCUGGACUGCCAGCUCGAGGAGACGCCCUGUCUACGCCCGCCCUGUCCGCCCGUACCCACGUGUAAACGAGGCAGGAGUCUUCAAAACAUAUGCCCAGUUGGGGAACCACUUCUUAUAUCGGAGACGAACCGGCCGUUCCUCUGUGGCACAGACCCCGGCAAGCCAAACUGUCCGCCGCUUUACAAAUGUCUCGUGGACUCAGGCAACGACUACGGCGUGUGCUGCCCAGCGUCCCUAGACCUUCAGAAAGCCGGCACGUGCCCGGUCCCCAGUAACAAUACGGAGGAACUUGAUUGCGGGACGCCCUGCGCGCACGACCUGGAAUGUCCGUCGAUGCAGAAGUGCUGCGAGGGCGGCGAGUGCGGGCGGCACUGCACGCUGCCGCACAACGUGACGCUGUGCACGCAACAGCGGAUGCUGGCCGAGCUGCUGGUGGUCAGCGAGCGGGAGGGCAGGGGCUACGUGCCGCAGUGCGCGCCAGACGGCUCCUUCGUCACCAAGCAGUGCUCGAGAAAUGGACUGGUUUGUUGGUGCGUAGACAACGAGGGCAACAAGGUGCGCGGCUCGAUGGGCCCGGCGGAGUCGGUGCAGUGCACGGCGACGCGCGCGGCUCGCACGCGGCCGCGCUCGCUCGCGGAGUGCGCGCGCUCGCUGUGCGCCAGCGUGUGCGAGUACGGCUACCGCAGCGCGGACGACGGCUGCCCCAGCUGCGAGUGCGACGACCCGUGCGAGGGCUUCCCCUGCCCCGACGAUCACGAGUGCGUGCGCGUCAAGGACUCCGACUGUACCGGCGACCUGUGCAACGGUUAUCCAGUGUGUCGUCCGCGGGUGUCGUACGAUAACCCGUGCAGCGUGGGCACGCCGGCCGCUGACGAGGCAGGCGGCGUGCUGCGCUGCGAGUUGCGCGCGGACUGCCCCGCCGGACACGCGUGCGUGCACGUGCGCCGCGCGGCAGCUGUCUGCUGCCCCGACAACUACACCGACACAGACAACGACACCGACACCGACCUCGCAACCGACACCGACCUCGCCAGCGACACCGACCUCGCCGAGAUCAGUUUCGAAUCAUGCGGCUCGGACGUGGAGGCGGUCUGCGAUCUGAAUUCGACCAGGAGUUGUCCAGACGGAAUGUGUGGGGACGAGUUCGUGUGCUGCUCCACUGCGACGUGCGGACCAGUUUGUGUGGACCCCGCCAAAUUGCGCCUACAGACCGACCGGGUUGAUAAUACUCCUACAAUGUGCGAAUACUUGCGCGACUUCGACGAGAAGAUGGAGGGCACGGUGGACGGCAUGAAGCUGGCGCUGCCGGCGCCCGCGUGCGGCGCGGACGGCGCCUACACCGCGCGCCAGUGCGCCGCCGGCCGCUGCUGGUGCGUCGACUCCUUCGGCACAGAGAUACCCGACACCUCCACCAACAACGCCUCCAUGCUUGAUUGCGAAAAGGUGCGGUCGGAGUUGUCGUGCUUGGAGCUAACGUGCCGCAUGGGCUGUGACUACGGGUUCGAGUUGGGCGCUUCGCGGUGCCCCACGUGCCGCUGCCGCGACCCGUGCGCCGGCGUGCAGUGCCCCAGCGGCCGCGCCUGCGCGCUCGUCGACGUCGCCUGCGACGCGGACUACUGCCCGCCCGUGCCCGCCUGUCUGCCGCGCAGGGAGGGCCAGUGUCCGUACCUGGUGCCGGCGACGGGCGCGUGCGAGUGGGCGUGCCGCUCCGACGCCGAGUGCUCGCCCGGCCAGCGCUGCUGCCCCACCGGCUGCGGCACCGCCUGCACGCAGCCCGUGCACCACACCGCCUGCCAGCACGCCAGGGCCUUAGCACUACAUACCGCCGCCGAAAGGGGGAGCCCACCAUCGUGGAGUUGGGUACCGGAGUGCAAAGAAGACGGUUCAUACGAGAAAAUCCAAUGUCGGGAAUCAGAAAGAGUUUGCUGGUGUGUGGACGAAGCUGGCAAUGAGAUUCCCGGGACUCGGUCGACGAAUUCGACGCCAUCUUGCGACGCCCCUGCACAGUGUCCCGACCCCGGAUGCAACGAAGAAGAAGUAUGCGCUCACGGUAGACAACUUGAUGAUAAAGGCUGCCCCACGUGCACCUGUCGCGAUCCCUGCGCUGAAGCGAAGUGCCGUGAAGACGAAACUUGCGAGCUGGUGAAUUUGAAUUGCGAGGGUUCAACGUGCACGGCGCUGGGGCGGUGCGCGCCGGCGCCGCAGUGCCCGGGCGGCGGCGAGGCGCUGCGCGCGCCGGGUGACGCGACGCCGCUCGCGUGCGGCCCGAGCGCCGCCGCCUGCCCCGCCACGCACGCCUGCCGCUACGCGCCGCACGACCCACGACCCGCCGUCUGCUGCCCCAAGCCCAGAACGGUUUGUUUCGAGAGCAAGGACGAGGGUAUUUGCGAGGCGGGCGCGGGCUCCAGCCUGAACGCGAGCCGCUGGCACUUCAACGCGGCGCGCAACCGCUGCGAGCGCUUCGUGUACCACGGCUGCUCGGGCAACCACAACAACUUCCGCACCAAGGACGAGUGCAACGCCGUCUGCCCGGUGCUGACCCCGUGUGAACGUCUCCGGGAAAGGAACGAAGCAGCAGCGCAGAAGUACGGCAAGGGCACGUUCAUACCGAGUUGCGACGCCAGCGGAGCUUGGGAGUCCGUGCAGUGCAUGUCACAUAUCGACGUGUGCUGGUGCGUGAGCGCGCGCGGCGAGCCGCAGAAGGGGUCGCUGGUGCGCGGCGCGCGGCCCGCCUGCAACUUCCGCCAGGCGCGACGCUGGCGCGCACGGGACCCCGACGACGAACGUGCCAAAGCCGACGAAGUGUUGGAAGAGCUCAUCAGACAAAUGACAUCAUACCGAGUAGACGAAUUCGAGGAGGAAGACGAGGAAGACGCUGAAGAUAUUCACAUAGAGCCACAAAGCAGAGAGUCAGCGACGGACGUUUCAGAAGGCGCCGUGUUGGUGUCGGAGGUCAUUGAACCCAGAGUAUCACAGACUACGAGAGCGAAUGACAAGCAGCUAGAAGUUGCCAUAGAUAAAAUUGUUUUCAAAACGAAAUGUCAAGUUUUAUUAGAGGAAGCGGAGAAAGGUGAGGAAGGUGUGCGGCCGCGCUGCCAGGCGGACGGCGCGUUCGCGGCGCGCCAGUGCGCGCGCGGCCGCUGCUGGUGCGUGGACGCGGCCGGACAGCGCCGCGCGCCUGCACAUGUCGCAGACGCGCCCGCGCCCGACACCUGCGAGGAGACCCAAAUCGAAUCAGCCUUAUUGGAGCUGGAGCUGGUCGGUGCUAGCAGCGAAGACGGUGAAAAGGCCCGAGGUGCUUUAUCAGCGAGAUUAACAGCGUUCGGAGCAAAUGUUCCAGUGGCAAUGGUCAGAGAACAGGGCGUGAUAAGGCUGCGCGCUCUACUAACCGGUCCACGAGCAGCUGAUAUGGCUUUUCAUCUGGAAAACAUGGUUAAAAAAGAAAAAUUGGCGGGCGCUCGCAAAUCGGAAGCUGGUGUCAUUGGAGCCGAUGUGAUCCGCAGCGAAUACCGCUUAGCAGUACCGGCGCCGAUAUCACAACAGCGGGAAAUCGUCACUGAGUCUACCGUAUCAGCAGCUACAUCCUACCACACGGCUCUCAUUGUUUUAGCUGCCACGUCUGCAUUUAUCAUUAGUGUACUUUGCGUGUUGGUGAUGCUCUAUCGAGCUAGACUGCAAAGAGAGCCUCAAAAAGCAGAACGUUUCCUCCCACCGGCUCCUCCAGUGUACGUCCUCUCAGCAGACGAAAAAGCGGAACUGGCAAGGGCUUUACACGUUCAAAAUAAUCCUUCGAACGAUGAUUCGAAAGUUUAA